UCACAAGAUGAACGAUUGAAUCCAGACGCUUGGUUGACACAUGCUAUGAUUAUCAUCAUCAUCAGAUAAUACUAGUUACUCAUGCAAAGUGUGAGUAAAUGAACUGAGAUAAAUGGUGGAAUCAUGAUACAUCCAUGGUACGAAAUGCUUUCAGUAACUUAGACCUGUGUUUAUUGACCUGCAAUUUAUGAAAUGGCUUCAGGGGGAAACAAAUUGUGAAUGAUUGUAUGUAUCUGUACAUGUAUAUAUUCCCAUUUUGGUUUAAAAAGAAAAAAGGGAACCUCAAACCCUUGUAUAAAUACAUGUUUGCAUAACAAAGGAAAUCAUAAGAAAGGAUAUUACCAACAAUAUCGGUGAGUUUAGGGGAAUGAGGAUUGGAUGGACGGAAGGGAGAUUUCUUCUUUACCUCUCAUUAUUUAAAUUCUUAAUGAAAAAAAAGGGGGGGCGGGAACUGCAAUGGAAAAACUCAAAAGGAUCAAUAAAAAUAGGAACCUUAAUCUGCAUAGCUUUAGAGACUGGCUGUCUGAAUUUCAGAACUUAUUUCUAGCAGAGACUAGUUGAAUCAAGUCAGCUCCUGCACAGUUUUUCUGAGUUUAUUGUUUAAAUGUGGGUGUUUUUGCUUGAUAAUCUUCAUGGAUAUAACUGAUACUCAAUUUAGUGGAGCUUGGUAUUUCUCUUUGUGUUUCGCUAAUAAGCUUUUCCCUUGUUCUGGGAAUUAAAAUGCUUUCCUUUUUAGCCCAAUUAAAUUUAUUAAAAGAAGGCCUCUAUGAAAAGGCCAUUCUUUGUGGUCUCUAAGUGGAACUGAUUGGUCCUGAAAAUUCUUCCUUCACUGGCUGUUAAAACAUUUCAUAGUUAUUGAAAGCUUAUAUGAAGUUAUAUGAAGGCUGUCUCAAUAUCUUCUCUAAAAUGCUAAGGAAUAGUUUGGAUAACAGUUCAGACUCUAAAAAUGAAGAUGCCUCAGUCUUUUCGCAAACUGAACACAAUAUAGUUGCAACUUACUUGAUUAUGGCAGGUAUGAUAAGCAUUCUCAGCAACAUAAUAGUUCUGGGCAUCUUCAUUAAGUACAAGGAACUUCGGACACCCACAAAUGCGAUUAUCAUAAACCUGGCUGUUACUGAUAUAGGGGUCAGCAGCAUUGGCUACCCCAUGUCUGCUGCGUCAGAUCUGCAUGGAAGGUGGAAGUUUGGGUACACAGGAUGUCAGAUUUAUGCUGGAUUAAAUAUCUUUUUUGGGAUGGCAAGUAUUGGAUUACUCACUGUCGUGGCUGUGGAUCGCUACCUGACCAUCUGCCAUCCUCACAUAGGAAGAAGAAUGACCUCUAACACUUACGUCAGCAUGAUCCUGGGGGCCUGGAUCAAUGGCUUGCUUUGGGCUUUGUUGCCUAUCACAGGGUGGGCGAGUUAUGCCCCAGAUCCUACCGGUGCCACUUGUACCAUAAACUGGAGGAAAAAUGAUGCAUCUUUUGUUUCUUACACGAUGACAGUUAUUGUGAUAAAUUUUGUUGUGCCCCUUGCAGUGAUGUUUUACUGCUACUACCAUGUCACUCGAUCCAUUAAACGUCAUACUGCUAGUAACUGUGCUGAGUACCUCAACAGAGACUGGUCAGAUCAGUUAGAUGUAACAAAGAUGUCUGUGAUAAUGAUACUAAUGUUUCUGGUGGCUUGGUCCCCUUAUUCCAUUGUGUGCUUAUGGGCUUCUUUUGGUGACUCAAAGAAGAUUCCACCUUCUAUGGCCAUCAUAGCUCCACUGUUUGCAAAGUCUUCUACGUUCUACAACCCCUGUAUUUAUGUGGUUGCUAAUAAAAAGUUCCGGAGGGCAAUGUUUGCCAUGUUCAAAUGUCAGACUCACCAAGCAGAGCCUGUGACGUGUAUUUUACCAAUGAAUGUAUCUCAAAACCCACUGGCUGCUGGAAGAAUCUAAAACAAGAGAGAAAAAAAGCACACACUAUCAAAACAUUUUACUUACUUUUUUUUUUUUUGGCAGUAUUUUAAUUUUUUAUUUGAUCCUGUUUAGAUUAAAUGCAGACAUAGAUGAAUGUCCUAUUAGACUGUAAGUUCCUCACGGGCAGCAGAUGGUUCUGUCUGUGCAGUGCCUGCUGUGGUGCGUGUUGCUUUAUUUCAUUGUAUGUGAACUUGUUGCUCAUCUCCUUUUACGGACCUGGGCACGCGAGAUUAAGGCCCCUACCCUCUUCUCCCCUAUCGGCACAAAUGGCAUCAUACUGGUGGCCUGCUAACUUGUUUGGGUCCUCCCUUAGCGUAGAAGCAGCUGCUAUUUUAAUGUUAGAAUAAAUUAACAAUAAUAAUUAUAUAAUAUUAUACAAUAAUACAUAAUUAUUGUGAUGAUUUGUUGGAUAUUCCCAGCUAGAAUAAAAAACUUUUUUUUUUUUGCAUUUCAAAAUAUUAAACUUUUUAAUGCAAUUAUUAACUUAUACUACUUAACAAAAAUAAUUAAAUGAACAUUAAACACUAUUGCUUCUAAAUCGCUUAUGUCCAUCAAUGCGCUUAGGCAUUUUAUAUAGCAAUAUAAUCUCUGUGCAUAGUGUUAUGUAUUCUGCAUUUUUCAAUUGCCAUUUUUCUGCAUGUAUGUCUCCGCAUAUUGGAUGCUAGAAUUAAGCUCAACAAGAAUGGGAAUUUUGGUCUGUUUUUUUCUUUCUUUGAUUUAUCUUCAGCACCUAGACCCAUUUUGCCUGGCACAUAGUAGGCUCUUAAUAAAUGUUUAUUGAAUGUUGAAUGGAUUUGUAGACUCCAUAUAUUUGUCAUUCUAAAUGACCAUUAAGCCUAGCAUGUUAAUAUACCAUUGUUUAAUAGUGUACUAUCAGUGGGCAUUUAAAUUGCUUUCCAUUUUUAGUUUCAUGAAUGCUCCACUGGGAAUAUUUUAGUACAAAUAACUUUUUUGUGUGUGUGUGGGGGUGGUGGGGUGGCAUUUUUAUUUGUGUGUCUCCUCAGACUGGAAUUAUUGGCUAAAAAUAGUAUCAUUGUUGCUGGCUUGCUCUCUGGAAAGAUUGAAUUAAUUUGCCCUGCCAUUGACAGUGUAUAAGCAGACUUUCCCCUUCAUAUUGUUGCUAACAGUGUGCCAUAUUAUUAAUUUUUCUAAACCAUGAGUUAUAUACAGUGGC